AUGUCUUCUGGUCUCACUCUUUUCGCUUCAAACAUUCAAAGUAACCUCCUGCUCGCUGGCUUGGGCGUCAAUUUCGAGCUUCGCGUCCCCGGAUACUCGUUCAAGGUCCAUCGGUUCGUCCUGAGCGAAUGCUCGAGAUAUUUCGCUAACGUAUGCUCAGGACACUUUCAAGAGGGCAUAAUGGGAUACCUGGUCUUGAACGAGGUCGAAGAUCCGCUGAUGGUCUUGAGAAUGAUCCAGUCGAUCUAUAUAAAAACCUACACGGACCAAGAGUCAAAUUUGCCGCAGGCGUGGAGGAGAUACCUCGAGCAGUCAAGAGUCGACUCCGUCGUCGGCGAGGGAACCAGUGCUUCGGCGGGUUCGCAAGCCAGCACCGCUGUUGAGGACGAGGAAGAUCGAGCCUCUUCCGCUUCCUUUACCCCCGAAAACAGGCCGGACGGCCUCUUCCUCCACAUUGAUAUGUAUUGGCUGGCCGAAUUUUAUGCCGUCGAUGCGCUCUCCACCAUUACUCUCCAGAAAUUCGUCCUGGCCACUUCCGGCGAGCUUUUCAGCUGCAAUCUGCUCCUCUGGACAAUCGAAUACCUCUACAUCACCACCCCAAACCAAAGCCGAGCGACUCUGGGGCAAAAGAUGAGGAUGAGGGCCGUGUACCUGGCGCAGAAGAGCGAGAUGCGUCUGUUUAGGGAGAAAAAGUUCAAACUCUUGAUGGAAACGAACGCAGAAUUCAUGUGGGAUUACACCACCAAGUGCCUGCGGGCCAAAUACUUACAAUGCCGGAGGGAAGAAUGCCAGGCGACCAUUGAGCCGAAGGCCAGGGAAGAGUGUGACUGUGGCGGGGAGGACGUCUGCCAGGUCUGCUUUGACAGUGAUUGGUACGGGAGGGUGAGAGAGAUGCCAAUGUGCCCGAAAUGCAACCAGGGCAGGCUGGCGAGAUGGGACUUGGAUUUUGUGGACAAGGCCGACAUGACAAGUGUCAACGCCUUCGGGGAGAUGUUUCAUCCGUCCGCCCGUGAGACAUAG